AACCUGCUGGUCUCUGUUGGUCCGUGCUUCCAUCGAGCGCACGAAUCAGAUCUCGCCCUCCCCCACCCCCUCCCUUUCUCUCCAAGCUGAGUCAGCUGACCAAACCGAGCUCGGUUCCAAUUUCGGGGCUCUGGCGAUCCGAGAGUCCGAUUCUCCUGCUAAUGACGGCUAACAUCCUCCACUUUUCUUACCUUCCGAGGACAUGAAGAAGGUAUCAAGAAAAGUCGGGAAGUAUGAGGUCGGCCGAACCAUCGGCGAGGGAACUUUUGCCAAGGUUAAGUUUGCGCGGAACAGAGAGACUGGCGAGAGUGUGGCCAUGAAGGUUUUGGCCAAGACCACCAUUCUUAAGCACAAAAUGGUUGAUCAGAUUAAAAGAGAGAUAUCGAUUAUGAAGAUUGUCAGGCAUCCUAAUAUCGUAAGGCUGCAUGAGGUUUUGGCUGGCCAAACAAAGAUAUAUAUAAUUCUCGAGUUUGUAAGUGGAGGAGAGCUGUUUGAUAAAAUUGUCCAUCAGGGAAAGCUUCAUGAAAAUGAAUGCAGGCUGUACUUUCAACAACUUAUAGAUGCAAUUGCUCAUUGUCACAAUAAGGGUGUGUACCAUAGAGACCUGAAGCCUGAAAAUCUUCUUGUUGAUGGAAAUGGAAAUUUGAAGGUUUCGGACUUUGGACUGAGUGCAUUACCUCAGCAAGGUGCUGGCCUUCUUCGAACAACAUGUGGAACCCCCAACUAUGUUGCACCGGAGGUGCUCAGUAACCAGGGUUAUGAUGGCGCAGCUGCUGAUUUGUGGUCAUGUGGAGUCAUCCUCUAUGUUCUAAUGGCUGGUUAUCUUCCAUUUGAUGAGACAGACCUUCCAACUCUUUACAAAAAGAUAAGUGCAGCAGAAUUCUCUUUUCCAUUCUGGUUUUCUCCAGGAGUGAAGUCAUUGAUACAUAAGAUACUUGAUCCCAAUCCUGAAACACGCAUUCAGAUUGAAGGAAUAAAAAAGGUUCCAUGGUUUCAGAAAAACUAUGUUCCUGUGAAGCAUAGAGAAGAUGCGGAAGUGAAUUUGGAUGAUGUUUGUGCAGUUUUUGAUGAUAUUGAGGAAAACUAUGUUGCUGAGCAGUCAGAAAACUAUGGGGGUCCUCUGAUAAUGAAUGCAUUCGAGAUGAUUACACUAUCGCAGGGCUUGAAUUUAUCUGCGUUGUUUGACAGGAGGCAGGAUUUUGUAAAGCGGCAAACACGGUUUGUUUCCUGCAAACCAGCAAAAGUAAUUAUCUCAACUGUUGAAGCUGUUGCCCAAUCGAUGAGUCUCAAGGUCCAUACACGUAAUUUCAAGACAAGGCUCGAAGGAAUAUCUGCGAAUAAGACUGGACAAUUUGCAGUGGCCCUGGAGGUUUUUGAAGUUGCACCAUCCCUUUUCAUGGUCGAUGUUCGAAAGGCUGCUGGGGAUAUUCUUGAAUAUCACAAGUUUUACAAGGAUUUAUGUGCCAAACUAGACGAUAUCGUUUGGAAACCAAAGGAGGAUGGCUAUUCCAGCCUGCUUAGAACAAUGAUUGCUGAUCCAAUUCCAAGGGAGAUGCAAAUCAGUAAGCAGAUGAACAGAGGGAGGGGAUUCCACUUCGGGGCAAAUGAUCUACUACAAACUGGAAGAUUUUUAUCGUACAGGGCUACAUGUGUUUAAUUUUUUUUGUCACGUGUUAUUUUGGAAAUCAGCGUGUAAAUGUAUUACAAAAUGAGACUAUACUAAGAAAUUGUGUAGCUUCUUCUCCCAUUAAUACACUUUGGGGAUAUAACCCUUGUAGUUAGAGACUUUAUGUAUAUCAGGAAGUUCAUCUCA